UGUGACGGCGCACGCCCUCGAGACCAAGGGCCGACCUUCUUCUAUCCUUGUGAGGUUGACCAGCGAAGCGCUCAGGAGUAAGCGGCCACCCGAAGAAUGCGGCCUCGUGUGUCUUUUCCCGUGUCGCCGAGUGUUGUCCCAGAUUUUGCAGCGCAUCUUUCAGGGCAAGACGAUCGCUGACAUGUUGGCGGCCAUGCGGUUGAACUUGUGCGAGAUCUUCGACGAGUGCAGAGAUAUCGGCAUCGAUGGAACGGUCAACGUCACUUAUGGCCUUUCGUGUUUUUUUUAGGACAGGCCCCCCCUGUGUGGGUGGGUGCAAUAUUCUCGGUAGUAAGUAGCUUAGGUCUCUGCUGGCAAAUAAAAGCGGCCCCGGUGCUCUGUGCUUUAUGCCUAGCCAGAGGACUAUCCUGAGGCCCGUUCUGAUGGAGGUUGGGCGAUCGUUGGUCGUGGUUUCCUUAUACUAAACCCGUUGGUGAUUCGCAGGAUUCUCCAGAGUUAUUGCUUUACAUGUUGAGGAGGUGGCAACUAAGGGGGCCCCAUUCUUCCAAAGUGGCCGAGACUUCUCCCGGCAGCUCUAACAAGCGCAAUCGAUUAUCGGAGACAUUCCCGCCGGCAAGACUGGGGCGACCAGCAACAAAUGCCUCACGUUAAAGGGCCGCACUGUUAUGGGGAUGAUCUAGGUCAGUACCAUGUAGGCGCUGCUUCUCUCACUUGUGUGGUGCCAGUUGAUUAAUUAGCAGGCUCGUAGUAAGUAUGCCCCUAGUCAGCGCCGUGAUGCAUGUAGAUGAAGUCGAAAGGGAUUCCGCUUCGUGGGUGUUGUGGUUCUUCAUUCCCGGGGGCUUCGUGGAUGAGAUGGCAUCCCGCCCCACCCGAUCGGUGGGUUUACAUCAUCAUCAUCAUCAUGUUGUGGCUCUUCUUUCUAUUAUUGGCGCACCAUCGCAGGCAGCUGCUAGCUAAUUCUUACAGCUUGCCGCUAUGGUUGAUAAAUAUGAAUGAAAAGGGGGAAGCAGAUGAGCGCUCUAGCAUUUUGGUAGGCCGAUGCCUCAUCCUCUAACCUGGGCGCAGCACUUGGCAUCCAGCUCGCGAAAAGUGAGAGCUUUGAAAACAUCCUGGGCUUCUUGCGGUCGUCUGUCCCGGCCGAGCAUCGUGGGCGGGUGCUCUCGAUCUGCUGCGACUCGCCGAAGGUCUUGCUUUCUGGCUAUGAGGCCUUGCGUGAACUCUUCCCCAACUUGCGAACAAUAAC